AUAAAAAAUUCAAGGUUCAUUGUGAAUCGCGAGAUAUUGGUAACAGCGCUUGGCAUCUAUGGCUUAGUACAGAAUGAAACGAAUGCUGAGGGCAGCGAAUGGGAAACGACCGUUGAUAUUGAGAUAGCUGCUUCUGGUCAGACGAAAACAACCGACCUUACAUCUGUUACAUUAAGAGGAACCUAUGGAGAUGGGCGUGCAUUUAUUGCACAUUUUAAAAAACCUGCUAGAGUAGUGGCGAAUGUUCCGUACCGUGCAACAGUUUUGUUCCGAGAAGAAAUUGAAACAUUUUCUGGAAGUAACGGUCAGGAAGAUAUUCUCGUUUAUGUUGGAUCUGGUGGAGCGAUUGAACAAAAUUGCUCAGGAACAACACCUGCUGUUGAUCACUGUUCCGUGGCAAUGUUUGCUUUCCACAACGAUGACCCAAAUGGUAUACGAAGAGGAAUGACAAGGGGACCUGCUGUUUAUACAGAUGCUAUUGGAGGUUUUUACAAUCGACCUAUCAACAGUGUUGCUCCCAUAUACUCUGAAGGAUGUCUUUACGAAGGUCAAAUCCCAGAAAUUCAUUUUAUGGCACCAAUGGAUGUAAAGAAAGAAAUUCCAGAUGCGUAG